AUGGCGCAACAUGACGCACUUGCCAUAGCCAUCGACCUGAUCAACCAGAGGACUGUGAUUGUCAGUCAUCCAGAAGACCUACCUCCUGCAUGCAUCGUUAGAACAAUUACUGAUGAUGGGAAAGAUGAAACUCAGUAUGUCGUGGAACUCAUGUUGCGAAAACAGGAGAAAGCUGCCGACAGAGAACUGAUGAAGCUGAAGUCAGGACGUUCCACUGAUUAG